AUGAGAGCGUAUCGUCGUUGUUUGCUUUGCAUUAUCAUCUCAGCCAUCGUUCUUGCACACACCAUUCGCGCCGUUAAGGAACUAUCAGUGACUUCGUUUGUGCAGCAGAGAAUAGAGUCCAGACUGAGCGUCAAAAACUUGCUAGACCUUGUUGGAUGCUUACUUUGUAUUCUCUUCUGGGCUUUCGCCUUUGCAGUUCGAAUCCGCAAACGGGAUUUGACUGAGUCCCAGUACAAAACCUACUACAUCACAUCUACAGUAUUGUGGCAAUUAUUGGUCGUUCCGUAUGUCGUAAUAUCCGCUGUCCACAGUGUUUAUCUGAUGGUCAUUCUUCUGGAUGAUGCUGGAUAUAUACAAGGGGAAACUGCCAACCAUUUACGUUCCGCAUUCAACGGACUGUCUUCACAAUUUCCAGAUG